AAUGGAAGUUUUAAGUAAUUAUUCGACAUUUUUGCAAAUACCAAGCAAACUUCGUUGUCAAUUUUACAACAGCAAAAAAAAUGGUCGACCGUAAAGUUUUUACUUUGUUAAUAGUUGGCUUCGCCAUUUGUCAGCUUUUUGCGAAUGUUGAAGGUUCCAUUGAAUCGAUUUGUGGACGAAAUGAUCGAGAAGACCUUAUACCACAGGGAGCCGAAUCAUCUGUUGGUUCAAACAACCCAGAGCUAUCGGACGCUGAGUCAGAGACGGUUGAACAAAGAUUCAGCCAUUUACGUGUUGAAAUACCAGAUGCACCAGAGCUAGAGUCAUCGCCAUCACCUUCAACAGCGUCAUCUUCAGCAAAAACUCCAACACCGAAGGCAAAGACCCCAAAGACAGCUUCACCGAAGGCAAAGACCCCAAAGGCAGCUUCACCGAAGGCAAAGACCCCAAAGGCAGCUUCACCAAAAGCCAAAACCCCGAAAGCUCAAUCACCAAAAGCACCAGAGUCUGGCAGUGUGAAAGAUAAAAUCUCACGCAUUGAAGCUAAAAGCAAGCCAUCGACACUUGGUAAGACACCAAGCAAAAAAGGUGGACAUAAAUAGAUGUUUGCGCAGUUACGAAUAAGAAAUUUCCAACUAAAGCGUAUACGUAUUACCUUUUUCAAAAAUUUAAA